GGACGCGCAUCUGGCAACCACACUAAGCAGAUCUCCGUAUAGUCCGUCAGCCUUCCUGCUCACAGAAUAUUGGAAGGAGAGUACAGAGACGGUACGGAGAGAGCCGGUGAACAGGUAAAAAUGGAGAAAGUAUUAGGACUCGCUGUGGUAUCCAGUAUUUUAUGUGUCGGAUCGGUUUUGGGAAAAUACGUCAGAGGCAUCGUCAAUACAAAAGAGGACUGGGUGUUCCUCACAAGGUUUUGCUUCCUGACUGAUUUUGGAAGAUUGGACUUUAAAUUCCGAUACCCCAAGUCCCGUUGCUGUCAGAACAUAUUGCUCUACUUUGAUGAAAGCUCUCAAUGGCCAGCUGUGUACAAGAGGCCGGACAAGGACUGUUACCAGAAAGAGUCAGUACUGAGGCCUGAAAACAACCAGGUCAUCAACCUGACCACCCGCUAUACCUGGUCUGGCUGUAUGGUUGAAGGAGAGGGUAAUGAGGAGAUGCUGAGUUGUGUAGGAGGUCGAAGUUUUCGCUCAGUCAGAGAGAGAUGGUGGUACAUCGCCCUCAGCAAGUGUGGGGGAGAUGGGCUACAGUUGGAAUAUGAAAUGACAUUAACCAAUGGACAAUCUUUCUGGACCCAGCACUUCUCUGCAGAUGAAUUUGGCAUUCUGGAGACAGAUAUCACAUUCUUGGUCAUAUUCGCCACUGUGUUUACCCUCUCUUGUUAUUUUGCUUAUAAUUUAAAAGGAAGACAGCUGCUCCAUACGACCUAUAAGAUGUUUAUGACUGCGGCUGGAGUCGAGGUCUUAAGCCUGCUAUUCUUUUGCAUUUACUGGGGUCUUUAUGCCAGAGAUGGUGUCGGGAAUGGCAGUCUGAAGAUAUUAGGAAAAUUACUCUUUUCUGUGAGCUUCCUGAUUUUCCUGCUUAUGCUGAUUCUCUUGGGAAAGGGAUUCACAGUUACCAGGGCAAGAAUAAGCCACAGUGGCUCUGUCAAACUAUCCAUUUAUAUGACAGUGUACACCAUCACCUACAUCAUCCUCUUCAUAUACGAAGCAGAGUUCUUUGAUCCAGGCGAGGUGCUCUAUGCUUAUGACAGCCCUGCAGGGUAUGGUCUAAUGGGUUUGCAGCUACUUGCAUACGUAUGGUUCUGCUACGCUGUGCUGGUGUCGCUCAAACACUACCCUGAAAAACAACCUUUCUACUUUCCCUUCUUCACUGCAUAUACUCUGUGGUUUUUUGCUGUUCCAGUCAUGGCUCUGAUUGCCAACUUUGGCAUCUCUCGCUGGGCCAGGGAAAAGAUUGUGAAUGGCAUCCAACUUGGAAUCCAUCUUUAUGCCCAUAUUGUGUUCCUAGCCAUCACACGUCCUUCAGCAGCCAAUAAGAACUUUCCCUACCAUGUGAGGACAUCUCAAAUAGGCAUUCUUCUCUCCAGUCCUAAAGGCAUGGGAGCAGAAAGCUUCCCUCAUCUUGCUUAUGGGAACAGUUCUUUCCUGGGAGACUCGCAGCCAAACUUCACAGAGCUCUUCUCCAUCCAUACUCCAGAUCCCGUUAAGACGAUAGAUGAGGUGGUGGCCCAGAAGGGACAGGAAGUGCCAAGAAACAGUGAGCAUAAGAUCAUCACCACAAUGGCAGACCUGUCUACCUUUUCCCCUUUUCCUCCUCCCAUACCACCACGUAGCUCUGCCCACUCCCCGCAUCCUCCCAGAUUAACGUCUCACUUCACAGAGUAUUUUAGUAUGCAAGGGGCCAUAGGGAUGGGUUCCAAUGCCUAUAGCAGGCCAUAGAGGAACAGGCAUGUGGAGAAGGGACAGAGCAUGAAUAUCUACUUUUGAACAUCAAUGAGGUGAAAACGGUUUAAAUAUUUCAAAAGAUUAGGUAAAGACAAGCGUGAAAAAGGAAGCCAUUUAAAAAAAAAAAAAAAAAAAAAAUUACUGAAACUUCUGUAUCUUGAAUUUGUAACGAGAAAUGCAAGGUGCGGAAUGAAGAAAGAGAGCGGGGCAUUACCCACUCCCUUUGCUCCUAAAAAAUAAGAAGCAAUACAUAUUUUAGUGAGACGAGAGAAUCAUUAGAGAUGUAAUAUACAGUGCAGGCAGUGCAAUAGAGUGUCAAGAGAUAGCGGUGGAUCUAGAAUAGAGAUAUUUAAUGCUUAAUGUGAAAAAGUACAGUACAGUGAGCUCUUUUUUUUAAUGCUUUGUUAAUUUCAAGUGGUGCUGUAAUAUUUGAAUUUCCAUGCCAUUUUAAUGACACAGAACCAAGUAUCCAUCUCUCUCACUAGAUGCAGUGACACAUUUUUGUUUUUUUGAGAAUUUAUUUACAUAAUUUGUCUGUAAAGUUGAGCUCAUUUAGGGUUUAUAUAUUUAUUCACAUUGAAUACAGCUAGAUAAUUUGCAAACUGUUGUUAAACUGCAAUGGCAAGUUAACGUGAACAGCUAGGCAGUUUUGUAUACCAUGCAUGUUUGUGCUUUGUCUACAUUCUGAUAUAGUCAAUGUUGGAUGUGCCUAGAUUUCAGUACUAUCAGUCUUCAUUUUGUAUGCAGUACACACUGUGUAUAGUUAUGUAGAGAAUAUUUAACUCAAGCAGAUGAUGGAUGAGGACAUGCCAACUUCCCAGUCUGUCUGUUUUAUCCACUCCAUACUAACAGCUUAAUACAGUGUAUGGGUGUGUGUAGUUAAAAAAAAAAAAAAAAAAAAAUCUCAUUUAACUGAACUUGACAGAGCUGUUCACUGCAUGAAUGUGUGGAGUUCAGAUUAAAUAUUUAAAUUUUGUUGCACUUUUUAACAAUUACAGAAUGUUUUACACUCACCCACAUUGGAUCAGUCAGUCAAAAGUAAUGUCAGAAGUUUCAUUCAGUCCACUGGUUGGUUGUUUACUUGAGUGUCCAGUUAAUUUAUAACUCCACACUUACAGAUACACUUUUUAUUAACUGCAUGGAGCACUUUACUAUUCUACAUACUUGUUUCAUUACCCAUUGUGACCCUUGCAAAUGCACCCAUAAUGCAAUACGGUGUAUUACACAAUUUUAUAAUGUACAGGUAAAUGUUUUAUCUGUAAAAAUGUUCUUUAUUACAAAUGUUAUUUAAUUUUUUUUCACAACAAUUGAUUGUGGGCCAUAUUUCUGUUACAUAUCAAUAUCAGCAAAUCCUACAGAGAAUACGCCUGGAAUCAAAAUGUUUUAAAUGUAAUCCUAUAUGUUAUGUACAUAAUGGCAUAUUUAUAUUUUAAAAAAAAAUUAUUUUUUUUUUAAGAGAAGGACCAUAAUUGAAGAAUCAUAAAAGCUAGGUUCCAGUGGUUUAAGUUUUUAUUAAUAGAUGUGCUUUGGGCCUAAAUCUGUUGCAUUUUUUAACACAGAACUUGAUCUGACUAGAAGCCACCAGAAAAGCAGGUGAUUUUAAAUGGCAUUUACAUUUUUUCCAUCUUUUAAGUGAGAGUGCACAAAGCAGAGAAGAGAGAGCACACCUUUUGAAUGUAGAUAUUAGCACAGUAUAUUUGGGCAGCACAGAACGAUCCAGUUAAGCACAUUUUUGUUGCACAUGUUCAUACUGAAUGCAUUUUAAUAGUGUCAAAUGGCUAGGCAAGACAUACUCUUUUUGCCAAAUUAAAAUGAUCUGGUUUACUAUAUGGCUUGAUUGUAUUUUUUUGUAUGUCUUAGUUUUAUUUUGUAAUUAUAUUAACUAUGAGGAAAUGUAACUCUACAGCUCCAGUGCACACCAACUGCUGAUCAAAUCAGCAAUCUCAUUUAUUUGCCAAACAUUCGUAUGUUUAUAGGGUGAAUCCAUGAAAAUUUUGCAAAGUUUUGAAAUGUUAUCUCAAAGUCAAAAAGUGACCCAAUUUACUGGAAUUCACCAAACAUUAAAAAUAUAUAUAUAAAAAAAAAAAUCCAAAAAAAAUCUGGGGGCUAAAUCUGGGGGCCUGGGUAGCUCAGUGGUAAAAUACGCUGGCUACCACCCCUGGAGUUCGCUAGUUCGAAUAGGGAGAGUAGAGUCACAUGGGGUAACCUCCUCGUGGUCGCUAUAAUGUGAUUUGUUCUCGGUGGGGCGCCUGGGUUGCUGCGGUAGAUGGCGUGAGCCUCCACACGCGCUAUGUCUCUGUGGCAACGCGCUCAAUAAGCCACGUGAUAAGAUGCGCGGGUUGACUGUCUCAGACUCGGAGGCAACUGGGAUUCAUCCUCCGCCACCCGGACUGAGGCGAAUCACUAUGCGACCACGAGGACUUAGAGCGCAUUGGGAAUUGGGCAUUCCAAAUUGGGAGAAAAGGGGGAAAAAUCUUACUAACUGUAAGUUAAAAAGUCCACCUACACAAAUGUGUUUUCUCUUGUAGUGGUACUGAAUGUUGCUUUCAAACAGCUAGUUUAAAACCCUCUAAAAUGUUAAUUAUUUUUGUAAAUUUCAUCUUCAAAUUCGUACUAUACCUGCUGGGUUAACAUAAUAUCAACACACCGGCAUACAUUAAGACAAGGGUCAACUCUAUGAAUGUGAAAUUUAACUGCAAAAUUUAAAGUUUGUUCACAGGCCAAAUGUAUGAUUCAUAAAUGUGAGGUCAGGGCAAGUUUACACAUUUUUAAUGAGGCUCUCACAUAUUAUUGAAAUUAAAUGUAUACAAAAGUUAAACAUGAAUACAAUUAAUACAAUAUUUGUUGGUCAAAACAAUGGUUUGCACUUUUUUUGUAUGUUACCAGUUAUAUUUUGCUGUUUCGUGAAUUGUUUUAGGUUUCAUAAUUGUUUUACAGUUUACAUUUGGCUGAAAAGCCUAUAAUAGUAGGG